UCAACAGAGUAAUAGUUUUAUGAGCCGUGACUUUUAAAUUUGUAUUUAAUGUAACUUUACUCUGGGGAAUGUUUUCAUUUACAAGUAUGGAAACGCCCCAAUACACUCUAUUUUCAGUUUCUUUGACAUUUAUGGUAGAGAUUAAAUCAGUAUUCUUCAGGAAGACACUGCAAGAGGAUUAAAACUUUUGAUUUAGAAGACUUCAAAAGUGGGCCUAAACCGACAGCAGUUCCAUUGGAUGAAUUUAUUUUCCAUCGGGGGGAUGUAUGGGUUUUAUCUUUGGCUUUGCUGGUGGUCUUUUGGAUCGGCAAUGAUCUGGAGAUAAAAUUUCCACAUCAUCAUCACCGAAAUCAGUCAGUUUCAUAAAUAUUGUCAGCAUGACAACUGUCGGUCCCGCCCCCAAAAGUGGUAAAUCGACUGGAUGUUGUCCAAUUCGGCAAGGGACGUUACUCUUCGCGCGCAUGUGCGGAUGGAAUGUGAGAUAAGUCUAUUAUCGCAUGUGUGAGGUUGCUAUAAAACAUGCAAUAACCCUAAUAUAAUCCUUUUGGGUUAUUCAUUGCCUGCCAGAAUGUAUCCAAUUAUACGAAAUCAGUUAAAUGUAUUUUCACAUAUCAGUUUUAGAACUACGAUCCGUCCUAAGCGUUUUAAGUGGUCUUCAGUAUAGUACAUGUAUGUACUACACGUAUGUAUAUCAUCUCGACCACGUGUCACAUUGGGAAAACCCAUGCUAUUAAUAGUAUAUAUUUUGCGUUACGUAUGAAUGAAAUAUAAAUAUGUCGGACAAUAUUCUGAGCCGUUCAAUUGUGGCCCAAGUACAUUUUAAUAACCAUAUUUUCUUUUUAAAGAUAAAAUCCAAUUAUUUAAACCAGUCAAGACUCACACUAGUAAAUUGUGUUUUAUAACGAUAGAAGGGCGUGUUGUAAAACGCAGUAUACGGUCUAUUAAUAGAUCAUAGGGCAACCCCGAUUAGUAGAACUUAUUUUUAGACGUGACACAGUUGUGCAUGUUUCUAAAUUUAUUACAAAAUCGGGAAACAUUCAAGACGUCCACGAUAUUCGUAUCCUUCGGUUUACUAGUUAGCAGUUAUUCUUCGCAACAAACACAUCAAGGAAUUUAAGAACAUGAUGACUGGGAGUGGAAUAGUGUUAUUUUUUCCCAUCCUUUUGUUUGUAUCGUGGUUUUCUCAGACUUGUUCGGUUCAGUACAAAUGCUACAGAGAUAUAUGCGACUCGUCUCGGCAAUUUUGUAACGACGACGAACAGCGGUGUGAAGCUUGUGGGGAGUUUGAGUGCAGCGGGCAGAACAGUUACGUCAAACUGGACCAGUGUAACGAUGCCUGUAAACGUCUGGGUCUUGUGACAACCAUCAGUCCAAAGGUGCUGAACUCCACACCACCACCAAAUGAAACCCAAUCUACAAACGGAAUGUCCACAGAAUUGAUUAUUUCCUGUGUAAUCCUGUGCUUCGUGAUGAUAAUUUUCGUAGUGCUCAUAACUGCUGUAAUUUGCUGGUAUAGAAAAUGCACCAAAAUACAAUUUGAUUGGAAAUAUAUGUUCAAACAUCCAGCUGAGGAACCUCUUCUGAAACAACCAAAUGGGGAUAUUGAAAUGGGGCCCAUUCGACCUCAGAAACUGCCAACGAACUGCACAGAGGACAGGGAAAAUCAUAAGGACCCUUCAGCUCCACCUUCAUAUGAAUCAGAAUCACCGAUUUGCCAAGCUACAUCAUCAUUUCAUGGGACAACUGAAUCACAUCCGGCUAAUGCUGAUUUCCUAGCGGAGGACCAGAGAUAUGAGCAGGCAGAGAGGGCUGAGCGAAACUCACUAAAAGACACUGAUCUACACGCGGUCACUCCAAAAUCAGUUGUUAAUUCAAUCUGACUGCAGAGAGUACCAUCUCAGCAAUAAUCUCAUUCAGAAAUGUCCUCUGGAAUUGUUCUGAUGGAAAUGGUGGCAGUCACUUGUGAUAAAUGUAUUUAUAUUAUUUAAAAUGAUCCGUUUCCUCUGCCCACAGCACAUACAUGUACUUGACUCUGAAUGUGAUUACCGGUAUUCAGCAAGUUGAUGUUCAGCACGUGGAGUUCAGAGAUCAUAGCCUCUAAUAUGACCCAGACAGUUGACCUCAGUAAGGUUGUAAUAACAAUACAUUUAUCCUACCACCCAUCAAUGAAACUGCCACUCUGGAUCAGACAUGUUUUGUUCAUCGUAUUAUCAUGUGUUUGCUAUUUAUUGAAUAUUAAUGGUUACAGUCAUACAAUAUUAGUUACACCACAUGAAUUUCUGAAGACCAACAUCAGCUGGUGGCUGGUAGUAACAGAAAUGAUUUAAUUUAAUAAAAUCCAGAGCAAGUUGAAUAAGAAGUGUCCAUGUUGUAAUUAAAAAGAAAAGAUGGAACGAAAUUCAAAAUUAAUCAAAUUUCCUGCAUUAAAAUGACAAUGUGGCAUACAUGCAAGAAAAAUAUGCUCUUUUUUGUUCGUUUUGUUUACCAUGUUACUAAUACAGUAGUCUGUAUCCACUUAGUAGUUAGGUAGUUCUUAUAGGUGUUACAAUUACAUGUACCACUUAAGCAGUUAUAGAUUAGUCACAAAGAAGUUCAACAGUGUGUAAAAAAACCUCAAAUCUUAAAAGGAAUAACUAAAACUGAAUACCACCAAAUCCAUUUCAUCCUACUGUAUGUAAUUGUCUUUUACUGCACCACAUACUUUACAUUAGUGUAUAUUAUCAUUGCUUAUUGAUGUUAUUGGCUUUUAUUUAUUUACAACCCAGAAAUAUAUUAUUUUGGCAUAAUAUAGAUGUACCUCGGUAUGGGUAAAAUACAUUUGUUUGUUGUAUACAUAUAUUGCUACUGAAACAUGUUUUUGUGUGUGUUUUGUAUGUUUUCCCCCCAUAUUUGUUUGUAGUGUUCAUAAGAAAAAACAGAAGAAAAAUUUGAGAUCCAAGAACUGUAAUUUAACCAUACAGUAUUUUGUACAUAUACAGCCGACAUUGAAAAUACCAUUCUGACUAACAUGUUGCCAUAUGGUGUGUAUUCAAAACUGUUUUGGUGCAGGGAACAUAUUCCUAAACGUUUAGUGCAACAAGAAUGUGUUAUGUAAUUUACACCGAUGAAGCUGAACCGUUUGUCAUUGUGUCACAAUCAAUUGAUUGUAAAAAUAUUCACUUUGUAGCAUGUGACAAUUUGAAACAGGUUACCUAGUACACACCUUAGUAGGUAUUUCAGCAGGCAAUUGAAGAGUUUAGGCGCAAAACGCGAUAUAUCCAUUUUUCAUUUUCAGUUUUGCGCCUGAACUCUUCAAUUGUACCUACCCUCCACAAUGGGCAUAUGCAUCAUCUGUCCAUAGACCAUGCAAAUUAGGAUAUUAUUUUCUCCCAUCCCUAGCCAUGCAAGACAGGGUGUAUUCCAUGACGUCAGCCCAUGCGGAAUAAAUCAGUCUUGCAUGACCACGUGACUUCUAUUGCUUUAGCUGAUAUUAACACUGGGUGAUGUCACGUAAAUGGCAAAAUAAUGCAAGAAAUGCUUUUUACAUUUCAUAAAAACAAGGAAACCUACUGUCAUAAUGAAAUUAUACUAUCACUUUCGGUUUAUACUUUUGGUAUAAACUAUUUUUGGGUACAAUCUUUUCAAUGGUUAUGAUUAUUUUAUUGCAAGAUAAAAAAUAAAAAAAUGUAGGUUUUUCACGUUUUCCCCAAAUGCUCGUUUUUCAUCUACUGGAUGGGAGAAAAAUAAUCCUCGUCCCUAGCAACAAAUUAUGUACCUUCAGGUGGAAUAGCCGUGUGCCACAUGGACACACAUGAAGGAUUCUUUUAAUCCACAUGGUAUUUAAUAAAUGGUUGUAUAAAUAUUGUAUUUGACAGUAUCUUUAUGUCAAACUACUUUA